UCAGCUGUUGACAGCUUGAAGCUUAGCUUCCUUCAAUCUCGACCUCCGGGACGCUGUGGAUGUACUCUCACCGAGUCUCUGUCGCCACCGCGGCCGUUUUUAAACGCACAUGCUGUUUGUCGACCGCCCGGUAACGGAGCAUAUGCUGCCAUGAGUACUUUGUGUCGCCUGAUCCAGAGGGGACUGCUGAGCGGCCGGCCGUCCUGUCGCUUAUUCCCAGGACAGCAGCAUGUCCGGACCGCCAGCUCAUCCAGCCCAGUCAACUUGACCUAUGAUGUCUUCGAUGGGAAGGGAGACAGCACUCCCCUGGUGUUUCUUCAUGGCCUUUUUGGCAGCAAAUCCAACUUCCACUCAAUAGCGAAGUCGUUGGUGCAGCGCACAGGUCGAAAGGUGCUGACUGUAGAUGCCCGUAACCAUGGCAACAGCCCACACAGCCCCGUGCUGACCUACGAAGCGAUGACCGGCGAUUUGAAGCACCUGCUCGCUCAGCUGCGCAUUGAGAAGUGCAUCCUCAUCGGCCACAGCAUGGGAGGGAAAACGGCUAUGACGACCGCUCUGACACAGGCUGGUUUAGUGGAGAGGUUGGUGGUAGUGGACAUCAGUCCAGCCCAGACCACCACACGCACCAACUUCCGUUAUUACAUCCAGGCCAUGCAGGAGGUGAAGAUCUCCAGUGACAUCCCACGCUCCACCGCCAGGCGGAUGGCUGAGGAUCAGCUGCGCAGUUUGGUCAAGGAGCACUCGGUGCGUCAGUUCCUGUUGACGAAUCUUGUGGAGCUGAACGGACACUAUGCUUGGAGGGUCAACUUGGAGGCCAUCUCAGCGCACCUUGAUAGCAUCAUGAGUUUCCCCGACUUCCCCAACACAGUCUAUGAGGGACCUACACUGUUUUUAGGUGGAGCCAGUUCUGCUUAUAUCAGCUCAGAGGAUUACCCAGAAAUCCAGAGGCUGUUCCCUAAUGCUGACAUCCAGUACAUCCCAGACGCGAGCCACUGGAUCCACGCAGAUAAACCCUUAGAUUUCAUCAGCUCCAUCAUCUCCUUCCUUCAGUCCUAGCUGCCUCCUGUCUACACCUCAGAACUGUUUUUAUGCUCUGCAGCCCUGAGCGCCCGCUCGCCGAAAACGAAGGUGAGAAUUCAGCAGCUUCAGCAAGAGCGAGUGGAGUCAUUAAUGAUGCUAAUGUUUGCAAACACUGGACCAAACUCGCCCUUUUACAGUAGUCAGUUCUUACCUUUUAACAGUGUCAAAUUUAGUGUAGUGUAGUGUAGGCUUUUAUUUUGUUUAAUCUCUCUGCCAGACAGGUAGUGUUACUAGAUUUGCUAGUUUCUAGAUGUGUUUUCAUUGAUUUUUAGAGUAGUUUAGUAUGUGUAGACAAUAGCAAGGAAAAUUACUCAAAUUUAACAUAAUGGGGCUGUUUUGGAGGUGAUAUACUAAUCCAAAGAAACUCUCAUUUGCACAGUGCUUUCUUUAUGUUGAUACAUUUAUGCCAGUAUAAUAGAGAAAGUGGAUUUAGGCCAAGUACAAUCUGGGACCGCCGAAGUGGACCAGCAGUAAGACAGUUAGAUAUGAAACUUUUGACAGCACUGGAAUGAAACAAAUAAUGUAUAUCUGAGAAGCUCGUCUUGGAGAGAAGUGAGGAAUGUGCAAAGCAAAAAUAGUUUCUUUGCCCAUGGGAGUUUGGUAUCAAGUGUCAGGUGGUUGUAGCUCAGCAAAGAGGCUGUAAUACAGACUUUAUGUGUACAGAUGGUAUGUUGUAGAAAUUUGAUAAUAUACUCAAUAUGUAUAUUAUGAGUGAUAUAUUCAAUAUUUUGGUCUGGAACUUUAUUUUCUCCCAUCCUCUCCUCUGUGUAUCUGCUGUAUGUCAGAGGUGAGGAUUUACAGGUCACAAUUCUAGCUCAUGGAGAGCACUGGUUAUAUUUUUGUCAAUGAAAACCAAGGUGAAACGCUCAGAUGCAGUAUUCAGUACAAUCUGUUUCCUGAAUAUCUCAGGUUACAACUCGACAUGCUAGUUAUUACACACUUAUACUCCUCCUCUGUCUGUCUGUCUGGCAAUAAGCCAUGGUAAUGUCGUUGUGUCUUUGUAUUUGGUCAGUCCGAUCAGUAUUAUGAUGAAACAUGUUUUACUGAUUUAUUAUCUGUAUCUCACUUAUCUUUACAUCUAAGGCGCAAGGCUAUAUGGGUAUCUCACAAAUAUAUGCUGCAACAAUGUAUGUUGUUAUCUAAUCGUAAUAGUGUUAAUGUCAUUUCUGUUUCCAUGGGUUUGAACAGUACAGUCCAGUAGUGAAACUGCCAUCUGUAUGAAUAAGCAGGGUGUUGUACAUUUGUAUGUGCCUCUUUUGUGGAGAGCUCCUUUUCCAUUUCUGUAAAACUUGAUAAAAAACAAAAACAAAAAAAACAUUUUAUUCUACAAUAAUACUACUACUAGCAGACUAGAUUGGCAGCUGGGUUGCCAGUUCUGUGUGAAUUUUCUCACAAGAGAGCUUAACACGUGAGGGUGUAUGCCCUCAUGAACCUAGAUGUUUACCACAGUCAGUGUUUUUCUGUUUGUUUGAUGUGAAUAUGGAAGUCUAAAAGGCUUUAAAUGAUCAGAAUUAAGUUGAGUGAAACUCCCCUUAUCGAAUUCUUUUCAUGAAGCUCCAGUUAGUGGAGAAACAAACCCUUCGUCGUCCUCAAUCACAGGACAGAUGUGUCUUGCUGCACAAUAUGAAUAGAUAGUUUAGGAGGGAUUGGGUGGUGCGGACAUAUGAAUGCAGGUCCAGCUUCAGCUUCUUUGGUGUUACAGUGGGACGACAAUAUUUCAAAGGGGAACAAUGUCUGAGUUGACAAUAGAAAAGUGAAUUUAUUCAGUAACAUUGAAAAGCGUUUAAGCCUGUGAUCAUCUGUUCAGGAUUGUAUAUUGUUUCACUGUGAGCAUGCCUUUACUCUCGUCAUCAGGUGUGACCUUGCUGUGCUGUAUACGUCUCAGUUUGUUGAACAUGUUCCCACGAUAGUGACACU